AACAUUACAAACAUCACUGGUUCCCAGAAAAGCCGUGCAAGGGAUCAGGUUACCGUUGUAUUCGCAUCAACCAUAAGAUGGAUCCUCUGAUUGGACAGGCAGCCCAGCGGAUUGGACUGAGCAGUCAAGAGUUGUUCAGGCUUCUCCCAAGUGAACUCACACUCUGGGUUGACCCCUACGAAGUGUCCUACCGAAUUGGAGAGGAUGGCUCCAUCUGUGUGCUGUAUGAAGCCUCACCAGCAGGAGGUAGCACUCCAAACAACAGCACCAACGUGCAAAUGGUAGACAGCAGAAUCAGUUGUAAGGAGGAACUUCUCUUGGGCAGAACAAGCCCUUCCAAAAACUACAAUAUGAUGACUGUAUCAGGUUAAGAUAUAGUCUAUGGAUGGAUCAUCUUAUAAUGGAUGGAUAAAUUUGAUUUUUUGCUUUGGGUGGGCUCCUCUUGGGGAUGGAUUAUGGAAUUUAAACCAUGUCACAGCUGUGAAGACCUGGCACAAGAUAGAGUGGUAAUAAUUUUUUUUUUUUUAAGUGACAGUGCCAUAGUUUGGACAGUACCUUUCAGUGAUUUAAAUAGCCUGUGAGUCCAAGUAAAGGAUCACUUUAAUUGCUAGGGAGUGAAGUCACAGGGUGGUUUCAGUUUCUCCCAGACCUUAUACCCAAUUUGUCACAUCAGUCGAUUUAAGGAAAAACCUGUAUUUCGAAGAACCCUCCUCUGCAGUCCAUCUCGCAGGGGAAUUUGCACUAUUACACUUGAAAGUUAUCAGUAACUUUUUUUGGCAGCUCAAUAGGGAAGCUCAAUGUUUUAAGCAUGGUAGUACUGGAAAUUUUACAUGGAGACUUUUACCUAGCACUUACAUGUAUAAAUGUACAUAAAGACAAACUAGUACGCAUGACCCGGGGAAAAUGGUCAGACCUUGUAUUGUGUUUUUGGCUUUGAAAGUAGCAAGUGACCAGACUCUGCCGUGGCAACAGGCUUUUAAAAGACCCUUAAAAAAGACACUGUCUCAACUGUGGUUGUUAGCACCAGCCAGCUCUCUGUACAUUUGCUAGCUUGUAGUUUUCUAAGACUGACUAAACUUCUUAUUUUUAGAAAGUGGAGGUCUGGUUUGUAACUUUCCUUGUACUUAAUUGGGUAAAAGUCUUUUCCACAAACCACCAUCUAUUUUGUGAACUUUGUUAGUCAUCUUUUAUUUGGUAAAUUAUGAACUGGUGUAAAUUUGUACAGUUCAUGUAUAUUGAUUGUGGCAAAGUUGUACAGAUUUCUAUAUUUUGGAUGAGAAAUUUUUCUUCUCUCUAUAAUAAAUUGUUUCUUAUCUUGGCAUUUUAA